UCUUGUGUGGGUCAUUUGAACAGGCCCCUUGUGGUGAUUCAUGUUGUGUGCUUGUGAUACUACAGAACAUAUUACAGUCACACAGCCGAUCAGAAGAGAAUUUAAAACCCCGCUACCUGCACUGUGUGGCAAUAGUGGACAGGGAGAAGCUGAAAACACCACACAGGUCUCCACAGCUGUCUGGUGAGUUAAGGAGUGAAGUGUAAUAUGGCAGAUUUUGGACUGUACACAUACCAGGGGGAAGUGGUUGAAAGGGCUCUUCAGGGAGAGAACAUAAUCAUUUGGCUGCCGACGGGAGGUGGAAAGACCCGUGCUGCUGUGUAUGUGGCCAAAAGACACCUGGAGACUACACCACGGGCUAAGGUGGUGGUUCUGGUAAACAAGGUUCACCUUGUAGACCAACAUUACACCAAAGAGUUCAAGCCUCACCUGGGCCACGACUACACCCUGGUGCCAGUCAGCGGAGAAAGUGGGGGGAAGGACUUCUUCGGAAAAGUGGUGAAGGACUCAGAUGUGGUCAUCUGCACGGCACAGAUCCUGUAUAAUGCUCUGACUGACAAGGAGGAAACCAGACAUAUUGAGCUCUCAGAUAUUACUCUACUGAUAAUUGACGAGUGUCACCACACCCACAAGGAGUCGGUCUACAACAAGGUAAUGAGAUGCUAUGUGGAGAAAAAAUUGAAAAGAGAAGGUCCAUUGCCACAGAUCCUGGGUCUCACUGCAUCGCCAGGGACCGGGGGCGAAAAGAUCCUGGAAAAGGCUGUGGAGCAUGUCCUGCAGAUUUGUGCCAACCUGGACUCAGCCAUCGUUUCAACUAAAAACUACGCCCCUGAGCUGAAGAAGAUUGUACCCAGACCCAUCAAGACAUUUGACAUUGUGGAGAAAAGGCAUGAGGAUCUAUUUGGGAAUCAUCUGAAGUUAAUGAUGCAGAUGAUCCAUGAGUACAUGAACCUACCUCCAGAUGUUAGACUGAGAGAGAGUGGCACACAAGAGUAUGAGGCAGAUGUGGUGAUUUUAGAGCAACGAGGGGUAAGGGAGGGCAACAGACUCCUAGCACAAUGUGCGCUCCACCUCAGACAGUACAAUGACGCCCUGCUCAUCAACGACACCUUGCGAAUGAUGGAUGCUUAUCACUCCCUGGAGGAAUUCUACAGCACAAAGUCCAAAACAGCCAUCGACGGAACAGACAUCUUCCUGGUGGGACUUUUCCAAGAGAAUCAGGUGGAGCUGAAGAAACUUGCAAGGGAUUCUCGCUACGAGAACCCGAAGAUGGCCAAACUUGAGAGCGUUCUGCUAAAGCAGUUUGGUCCAGGUGUGAAAUCAAGGGGGAUCCUCUUCAGUAAAACCCGUAAAAGCACCCACUGCCUAAAUGACUGGGUCCUCAACAAUAGAGCCUUACAGGAAGCUGGCAUCAAAGCAGCCAUCCUUACCGGGGCUGGCAAUGGCAUCACUUACAUGACACAGCAAGAGCAGGUGGACACAAUCCGCAAUUUCCGCCAGGGUAGUCUCAACCUUCUGAUUUCCACCAGUGUGGCCGAAGAGGGACUUGACAUCCCUGAAUGCAACCUGGUGGUGCGCUAUGGACUGCUUACAAAUGAGAUUGCCCAGCAGCAGGCCAGUGGACGUGCCAGAGCACGAGACAGCCAGUAUUCAGUGGUCGCCUCGAAAGGGGGACGGGAAGAGCGCCGGGAGAUCACCAACGAAUAUCUGGAAGAGCUGACGGGAAAAGCCAUUGCUAAGGUCCAAGAAAUGAGCCACCAAGAGUUUCGCGGAAAGAUAACUGACCUGCAGACACAGGCAAUCGUUAGCCAAAGAAUUGCAGAGAACCAGAAAACAGAGAAGAAGAGUCGUUACGCUGCGUCCAGUAUCCAGCUCUUGUGUCGAAACUGCUUCAAGCACGUGGCCUCGGGCAGCGACAUUAAACUUGUUGACAAUGCGCACUAUGUCAACGUCAAUCCUGACUUUGUGAGACACUACAAAGUCGGCGGGCAGGUGAGGCUACCCAGGACUUUCGAGGACUGGGAGCCUGGGCGCACCAUUAGUUGCAGUAAUGGCAACUGCAACAAGGACUGGGGAUUUGAGAUGAAGUACAAGAAGAGCGCCCUGCUGCCCAAUCUAGCCAUUAAGAAUCUCGCCCUGGUGACCCCCGAUGGCAGGACGACUGUGAAGAAGUGGAAGGAUGUCCCUUUCACUGUUGAAGACUUCAGCUUUAAAGAGUACUACCAAGAAAACUGCCCUGAGCUCUUUGAUUGA